AUGCGCGUCAGCAGCCCCAGGAGGCUGCUAUACCUGACCGACAAGACUCCAACAAUAAUAAUAACGACAGGCCGCAAUGCUCCAGAAGCAGCAGCAGCAGCACGAUGGCGCUGCCGUAGCAGACAACUGCACCAUGCAGCAUCGUCAUCGAAGCACAACGUGACAGACGGCGACAUUGCGACCAUAGCCAAGCAGAGGCAGCACCGUCUUGGUCUAGCGGACCUGGUGCGACACGGACGGCCGCCCCUCUCGGAAGAGGCGCUCCUGGCAUCGGCCAACUUCGCCCUCUCGCUGCUGCCGAUCCGACUGGCCCACCGGCUACAGGCGCUGCGCAACCUGCCGUACAUUGUGGUGUCGAACCCCAACGUGUCUCGCAUAUACAGCACGUACCUGCACUCGUUGUCGAUCUUGCUACCGUACUGGCGGGCGGCUAUGGCGUCGCCUACGGGGCGGGCUAUCGUCACGCUGGACGACGAGGUGCGGUUCACGCACGCACUGGCGGAGCUGGUGGCGACCCACACGGACACGAUCCCCAUCCUCGCACGCGGCUUCCUCGAGUGCAGGCGGUACAUGGCGGCGGACGACGUGACGCGCUUUCUGGACGAGCACCUCCGUGCGCGCAUCGGCACGCGGCUCGUGGCCGAGCAGCACAUCGCCCUGCACCAGAGCAGCCAGCCACACUCGCACGCCCACGCGUCGUCGCUGCCGUACCCGGCCGACCACCCGUCCUUCGUCGGCGUCAUCGACACGGCUCUCCGCCCGGCCACCGUCGUCGAGUCGUGUGCCGCACUGGUGGCCGACAUAUGCGAGCUGCGCUACGGCGUGCGCCCGACGCUUCUCGUCACCGGCGAGCCCGACACCACCUUCGCCUCGGUCCCCGUGCACCUCGAGUACAUUCUGACGGAGCUGCUGAAGAACGCCUUUCGCGCCACCAUCGAGAACGGCCUGCCUGAUGAGCCCGUCGUCGUCACCAUAGCCCCGGAGCCACCCCUGCCGCCCUCAGACACGAACAGUGUCGUCAUCCCCGAGAGCUCGGCCAACAACGGGGUUGACGCCAUCCGCCGCCGCCCGCCCGACGACAACGCCCCGGGAGUGACCAUCCGUAUCCGCGACCGCGGCGGCGGCAUCCCCCCUUCCGUCCUGCCCGACAUAUGGUCGUACUCGUACACCACCUUCUCCGAGUACCAGGACCAUGACGACGCCGCCAGCAUGCCCGGCGGAAUGCACCCAGGCGGCGGUGCGGGCGGCGGCGUCGACGACGGUCUCGGUGUCCUCUCCAGCUCCGGCCCCGCCAUCAUGACCAGCUCCAUCGCCGGUCUGGGCUACGGUCUGCCCCUGAGCAGGGCCUAUGCCGAGUACUUUGGCGGGGGUAUCGAUAUCCAGACCCUGUAUAGGUGGGGUACUGAUGUCUAUCUUCGUCUCAAGGGUAUAGGCAAGAUUGAUGACAAGGGGGAGUGA